GCUUUAUGAUUUAAAUCAACCAUUGAAUAUCUUCGAUUUGUUCCCCAAUCAUAGAAAGAUACAUUAUCCUCUUUUGGAUAAUGAAUCACUUUCAUAAUGUCAAUAGUGAAUAUACGAAUGAACUAAGAAGGCCAAUGUCUAUUCCAGACAAAAAAAUUAUUUCAACAAGCCAUGUGAAUGUAGUCAAUAAUAACUGGAAAUCAGUAAAUAAACCAAAAUUGAAAAUAUCAAAUCAAAUAAGAAAAAAUGAUAAAGAUUUUAAACAAAACUUAAAUAAAAUUCAAUCAACCGGACAAUCGAUUCCAAGAACAAAUUUAUGUCGUCUACAAGAUUUAUGCGUUGAAGAUCGUUGUAAAUUAAAUCAAUUAAUUAUGAAAUUAGCUGAAGCACAAGAAGCAUUAAAUCGAAUGGAUACUAAAUUAAAAGAACAAUCUAUAGAGAACAAUAUCAAUAAACAUGAUGGAAUGUCCAAAUCGAAUCCAUUUAUAAACUCUGACACCUGUCCAUCAAGUGUAGAACAGAAUGUAUAUCCUUCAAAAACAGAUCAGUUAAUUACAUUCUAUAAAACAAAACUGGAACAUUUAGAAAAUGAAUUAAGUCAAUUACGGUGUAAUUUCAAAAAAGAACAACAAUCUAUGCCUAACUGUGAAAAUAAUCAAUCCAUGGAAACAAUAAUUGAAAUUAAACCGAAUAUAAUGAAUGAUGUUGAACAAGUGGCCCAAUUGAAUCAAUCAAAUAACAAUGUCAAUAACUUUUCAAAACAAUCGUCUUCUCACAUUGUUGAUCACAAUCCUCAAUGCAAUCAACACAUGAAUUAUAAUGACAUGACAACUAAUUGUGAUAUGUUACAAAAUAUGAAUAUCUCGGAAAAUAAUCAGCACAAUAUCAAAUCCAUAAACAAUCAUAAUCAUACAAACAGCAAUAAUGAUUCUAUUGUAAAAUCAACAAACCAGACAAGAAAUCAAAUAGUUACAACUUUCAAACAAAAAAACUGUUCCAAUUUUGUCCCAGUAUGGGAAUUUAUUAAUGCUAAUGAUAAUUCCAUUGUAAAUAUUCAAUGCAUAGAUACAAGAUCUAAUCAAACAAUAAAGAAAAAUACUUCAAUAAUGACUGAACCAAUCAAUAUGACGAUUCAGUCAAUUCAUUGUUCAGUUGAAAAAUCUACACAGACUAUAAUGAAUGAGUUCCAGGAUAAGUAUAUGAGGAAUUAUCCAGGAGAAUUGAAUACAUCAAUCUCAACACCAACUUCAUUACAAUCACAUGUAGUAUUAAACAAUGGAAAUAACAAAUCUUUAACAAAUUCAUCAGCACAGACUGAUUCCGUGAACCAUCAUUAUGAUUAUUACAAUAAUAACAAGACAAAUAGGGCAAGAAAGUGUGCGAAGGUAAAAAUACAAAAUAACCAAACAAGAAGAUCUGGAGAAAAAAGAAGAAGAAACAUAAGAAAUAAUCGAUUCGUACAAAAGAAAAGUGAAUCUUUCUCCUCCUCUUCCUCCUCCUUCUCCUCGUCCUCCUCCUCAAAUUCCUCUACACCUUCAUCAUUUUUAUCUAAGAAGAAUGAAAAAUCUGAUGAUGAUAAUAUUGAUACUGACAGAAAUAAUAAAGUGAAGUUAACUUCAUUUCAAAUGCCAGAAGGAAAUCAUCAAAUAGGUCAAAAUGUCGAAAAAAAAUUAUUGAAUGUUUCCAAUGAUAAUUAUUCAAUGUAUAAUAUACAAUCGAAUAAUCAGAAAACAAACAUUUUACUUCCAAAGGAUCAUGGAAAACAAAUAGGAGAUAUUAGUCAAUCUUUACCACAUUGUAAAAUAUUUCAAGAACAAAGAGAUCAACGACAACUCCCACAACCAUCACCAUCACCACCGCAACAACAACAACGACAACAGAAUGAAUCUAUCAUUGAAAUCAAUUCAGAUAAAGAAUUAGAAUCAAUAAUCAAAUUAAUGAAUGAAACAUUUCAAGAUAAUGAUCAUAUAAUAAAACAAACACAAACACUUUUAAUACAACCAUAUCAACAAAGUAAAUCAAUAACCACUCAUAAACAACAACAACAACAACAUUAUGAUCACUUUUAUCCAAGUAGUUAUUAUCAUCAUGAACAAGAUGAACUAUGGAAUGACAUAAUCGAUAAUGACUGUAAUAUAUCGAAUAUGAUGGAAGUUAACUUCGAAGAAGAAGAAGAAGAAGGCUUAUUAAAUGACUUAUUUUUCAUAAAGUAACUAACCAUUUCAUUAAAUGAAAUCUGAACACAAAUAACAAAGAUGAUGUAAUCGGAAGAUUGUAAUAUUAAAUUACGUAAUAAGAUCCUUUCGCUGAA